AUGAAGCCUCGGGAUAGCAUAGCAAAUUAUGUUGAAGGUGGUGAAAAAGCUAUGUUACUCAUGGCACAACUCCCACAGAUGAAGCUUUGGGAUAGUAGAGUAAAUUAUGCUGAAGGUGGUGAAAAAGUCGUGUUACUUAUGACACAACUCCAACCGAUGAAGCCUCGAGAUAGCAAAGUAAAUUAUGCUGAAGGUGGUGAAAAAGUCAUGAAGUCUCGGGAUAGUAGAGUAAAUUAUGCUGAAGGUGGUGAAAAAGCCGUGUUACUCAUGGACCAACUCCCAAGAGAUGAAGCCUCGGGAUAG